AUGGCCAAUGCACAAGUACAGGUUGACUUUUUAGAGAAUGGUAGAGGUGGCUAUUACCUACUUCAUGCUGGCUACAAAUUUUCUAUACGGACAAGACGGGAUAACCGUGUUUAUUGGAGAUGUGUUUUACGGCAGUGUCCAGCAACAUUUAUAACCCUGGAUAACAUCCCAGUUGUAUUUGGGCACCAACAUCACAACCAUCCUCCUGAUACUAUUUCACUAGCAGCUGACUCAUUCAUUGUAAAUGUCAAAAAGCGUUGUCGAGAUGAAGUCAAUGCUAUCCCGGCAAUAUUUGAAGAGGAACUUGGCAAUCUCCGUGACAGAGACUAUGAUGAUGAUGUUGAGGACAUGAUAAAAAAAAUACCAACAUUUGAAAGUUGCAAGUCCGCAUUAUACAGGAGUAGAGCUAAAGUGUUGCCAAAAUUGCCACAACGACAGCAAGAUAUACAGCUGGACGACCCGUGGAAGGAAACGUCAGCUGGAGAGAGAUUUUUAUUGUCUGAUGACACAAAUCAACAAGGCCAGCGAAUCAUUAUAUUCGCUACUGAUGACAAUCUAAGAAAACUUUGUCAGGUAACAAUCAUGUACAGUGACGGAACAUUUUAUUCGUGUCCCGGAUUGUUCAGCCAGUUAUACACACUCCACGGUAGCGUCAGUAGAACUAUGUUCCCUCUUGUGUUUGCACUGUUACCAAACAAAGCAGAACAUACUUACAUCAGGUUUUUCACCCUUUUGAGGGAUACUGUGCUUCAAAUGAAUUUGAUGUUGGUACCAGAAGUAGCCAUGUUGGACUUUGAAGUAGCUGCCCGAAACGCGAUAAAUGCUGUGUUCCCACUUACGACAACAGUGAAAGCCUGUUUUUUCCAUUACACGCAAUGCAUCUGGAGAAAGACACAGGGAUGUGGGUUAGCUGCGCGUUACAAACAGGACGAUGAACUGAGAAAGUUGGUAAGAAGAGCUGCUGUCCUACCCUUGGUUCCGACCCGACAAGUGGAAGACGUUUGGUUCAAUGCUCUUGAUGAAAAUGAGGACAACAGCCCAGAGGUUACCCGUUUCAAGGACUAUGUCACAGAAACGUGGGUGGAAGGACAGCAGCUGGACCUGUGGAACCACUAUGACAACACAGGGCCUCGUACAACUAAUCAUGUAGAAGGAUGGCACAGUAAAGUAAACAGGAUGUGCAAGCAUGCACACCCGAACAUUUAUGCGAUUGUGAAGUUGCUCCAGAAAUUACAGGCUGCUGACGAGGUUAGGAUGAUUCAACUGUCUGCUGGAGGAAAAUCACGACCAAGAAAGAAGAAGUAUCGACGUUUGGAUGAGCGCCUUACUCAGCUCAAGGACAGGUUCCAGAACGGACAUAUUAAUGUGAACACGUAUGCUGAUUCAGCAUCCCACUUACUCCAUUUAGACUGAGAUAGUGUAUGAUAUGGUCAACACGUGCAUGUUGAUUCAGCAUCUCAGCAACUGUUUAGCUCAGGUCUUCAAGAUUGACCCAAAAUUUUAGUGCUUUAUAUAUGUCAUAUUUAUAUGUAUUAAUUGUCUUUUAGAGGUACAUGCA